UGUAGUUGCGAGGCGCUGAGGGAGCGGAGCAGUGACGGCUGAGAGGCUGGACAGAUGCGUUUUAGGUAGACUGUAGAUGGUUUAAUUUAACGAUUUCUGUGGGAAUCGCCGGUUUUAUAAUGUGUACAGUUACCGUUGAUCUUAUGCAGAGGUGUAAACCAGAUGUAGGACGGUUAGGGUAGAGAAAAGCAGCCAAACAUGAUUGGGUUUCUAGCAAAGUAAUGCUAGCUUGUUGGCUAUUAGCUAGCUAGCUAAGACACAUCGUGGAUUAUCAGUAGUUGGCUCGUGUUUCUCAAGUCGGGGUUUUGCAGGGAAAUAAAAGGAGGAAAAAAAAACAGGACGAGCCGUGUUUGAAAUUUAGUGUUCGUGGGGUCGAUAUAUACGGUUAGGUGGCAGUAAAGCGAUCUUGAACGUCUAUCAUCCUCGCCCCUCGGCGCUGACGGAGACCAUGGAGACGCUGGGUCGGGUAGCAGCGAGCACGGCGGAUGCGGUGGACUUCACCGUGGAAAACGUGGAGAAGGCCCUGCACCAGCUGUACUAUGACCCGAACAUUGAGAAUAAGAACCUGGCACAGAAGUGGCUGAUGCAGGCUCAGAUCUCGGCGCAGGCCUGGCAGUUCUGCUGGGCUCUGCUCCGCCCGGACAAGGUCCCAGAGAUCCAGUACUUCGGCGCCAGCGCCCUCCAUACCAAGAUCUCCCGUUACUGGGGCGACAUCCCCGCCGAGCAGUACGGCACGCUGAAGACGCAGCUCUUCUCGCAGAUUGCACUGUUCGCCUCGGGCUCCAAGAUCGUGCUGACGCGCCUGUGUGUGGCGCUGGCCUCGCUCGCCCUCAACAUGAUGCCCGAAGCGUGGCCGGGGGCCGUGGGGGAGAUGGUGCGAGCCUUCCAGGAGGAAGGGGGCGCCGCCGACGGCCGCGCCCGCUGCCUGGCCCUGCUGGAGCUGCUCACCGUGCUGCCCGAGGAGUUCCAGACCAGCCGCCUGCCCCAGUACCGCAAGGGUCAGGUGCGGGGCGCGCUGGGGCGGGAGUGGGCCGCUGUGUGCCCGCUGCUGCAACAGCUGCUGCGCCAGCCUGAGUCGCCGGCGCCUGUCAAGGCCCGCGCACUCAAGUGCCUGUCCAGCUGGGUGCUGCUGGACGUUCCGCUCAGCGAGAGCGAGGGCCUGCUGGAGGCCGGCUUCGCCGCACUCGCAGACCCCGAGCUCUUCGACACCGCGGUGGAGGCCAUCGUUAACGCCAUCUCGCAGCCCGACUCGCAGAGGUACGUGAGCACUCUGCUGAAGCUGGUGCCACAGGUUCUGCAGCUGCAGGAGCAGUUACGAGAGGCUGUGCAAAACGGAGACAUGGAGACGUCACACGGCAUCUGCCGAAUCGCCGUCUCCCUGGGAGAGAACCAUUCCAGGUCCCUGCUGGAGCAGGUGGAGCACUGGCAGAGUUUCCUGGCCCUGGUCAACAUGAUCAUGUUCUGCACGGGUAUCCCUGGCCACUACCCCGUCAACGAGACCACGAGCUCCCUCACGCUCACGUUCUGGUACACCCUACAGGACGACAUCAUGUCGUUUGAGGCGGAGAAGCAGACGGUCUACCUGCAGGUGUACCGGCCUGUCUACUUCCAGCUGGUGGAUGUGCUGCUCCACAAAGCCCAGUUCCCCACGGAUGAGGAAUACGCCUCCUGGACCUCCGAUGAGAAGGAGCAAUUCAGGAUCUACAGGGUGGACAUAUCGGACACGCUGAUGUACGUCUAUGAAAUGCUGGGCGCAGAGUUGCUUAGUAACUUGUAUGACAAGCUAGGCAGACUGCUUACCAAUGCAGAACAACCAACGUCCUGGCAGCACACAGAGGCUCUGCUUUAUGGUUUCCAGUCUAUAGCGGAGACGAUAGAUGUUAACUACUCUGAUGUCAUUCCUGGCCUGAUAGGCCUCAUUCCACGGAUCAACAUCAACAACGUUCAGCUUGCAGACACCGUCAUGUUCACUAUAGGCGCGCUGGCUGAGUGGUUAGCUGAUCACCCAGUCAUGUUGAGCAGCGUGUUGCCGCUGGUUCUGCAGGCGCUGGGCAAUCCCGACCUCUCUGUGUCCAGCGUCUCUACCCUGAAGAAGAUCUGCCGGGAGUGCAAAUACGACCUGCCCCCCUAUGCCACCAACAUCGUUGCCGUGUCCCAGGAAGUACUCAUUAAGCAAAUCCACAAGACGAGUCAGUGUAUGUGGCUGAUGCAGGCACUGGGCUUUCUGCUAUCUGCGCUGCCAGUGGAGGACAUUCUGCGCAACCUGCACUCUCUCAUCACGCCCUACAUACAGCAGUUGGAGAAACUGGCUGACGAGACGCCCAACCCCUCUAACAAACUGGCCAUCAUCCACAUUCUGGGCUUGCUCUCAAACCUCUUCACCACUCUCGACAUCACCAAGCAGGAGGAGGAGUCUGGGGACAGUGCGCCGCCCAUCAAAUCAACCCCGCCCCAGACUGGCCCCAACCCAGUGGUGGUGGUGUUACAGCAGGUCUUUGCCCUCAUUCAGACUGUUCUCAGUAAAUGGCUGAAUGACUCCCAGGUUGUGGAGGCUGUGUGUGCUAUCUUUGAGAAGUCAGUAAAGACUCUCCUUCAUGACUUCGCGCCGAUGGUGUCCCAGCUGAGUGAGAUGUUGGGACAGAUGUACAGCACUAUACCCCAGGCCUCCGCGCUGGACCUAACACGCCAGAUGAUGCAUAUAUUUGCCAGUGAGACAGACCACUUCCCCCCGAUUAAAGCCCUGUUUGAGCUGGUCACCUCCGUCACACUCACCAUCUUCCAGCAAGGGCCCAGGGAUCAUCCUGAUAUUGUUGAUUCAUUUAUGCAACUCCAAGCUCAGGCUCUCAAACGGAAGCCCGAUUUGUUCUUAUCUGAGAAUCUUGAUGUGAAAGCAGUGUUCCACUGUGGUGUUCUGUCACUCAAGUUUCCAGAAGCUCCCACUGUCAAGUCCACCUGCCUGUUUUUCACUGAGCUGUUGCCACACUGUGCGGACGUCCCGCCUGUAGGUCAGGUCGUGCAGGACGACGGCAAACUCCUGCUGCUGGCCGUGCUGGAGGCGAUCGGCGGUCAGUCCUCUCGCAGCCUGAUGGACCAGUUUGCUGAGGUGCUGUUCUGUAUGAAUAAGCACUGCUUUGGCCUGCUCACCGUCUGGCUCAAAGAGGCUCUGCAGUCUCCAGGGUUCCCCUCGUCCCGUGUCUCCAAUGAACAGAAGGACACGUUCAGCCAGCAGGUCCUCAGGGAGCGAGUGAAUAAGCGUCGGGUAAAGGACAUAGUGAAGGAGUUCACUCUGGUAUGCCGAGGGCUGCAUGGUACAGAAUAUGCAGCAGAGUACUGAACAGGCUGCGGCUCAAUUCCAAAGCGAUCUGAAACUACAAUUCCCAGCAGCCCCCACUGGAACUCAAUACAAACAUGAAUAAUUCCAGAGUUGAAAACCUGACACAGGUGAUGUCCGGAGCAUGCACUGUAAGGACCUGAGGAGGGCACUCUAUCUCCUUUUCUGUCUCAUUUCUUUUCCUUUCCCUUUCCGUGUUUCCGUCUUGCCCUCACCGGGGCAUCCAAGCCCUCUGUGAUGGACAGCACUGCCUCCUUUGAGCGGUGCUUUUCAUAUGAGCCCCAAUUCUGCCCCCUGCAGCAUGUGCAUUGUGAACUUUCACCCCAUCCUCCCGUCUUUGAUCUUCCGUGGCUCCUAGGCUGUUUCCUUGUGAUGAUUUUGCAAAUGUACGAACAAAGAAAUAGUCGUAGUUAAAUGUUUUAUUUUUUAAUUUAGAGACACUGAUAUCUAAAGAAGUAUAUAUGCACACACAUACGCGCGCGUGCACACACACACAA